GAGGGAGGGGGAAGAGAACCGGGAGUGGGGGAAGGACAAGGCUGGCACUCCCCUCGUCCUCUGUCUCUGCCACUCUAGUGUCCUCUCCGAAGCAGCCACACACACAAACACACGCACACGCAGGCCCCAGCGUCCGCUCCUGGGCCCACACCUUCACCGCGCGUCGUGCUGUGGACACCCGUCGCCAGCCAUGUAAAGGCGACGCAAGGCAGCACUCGGGGACAGAGGGUGCCAGGACGUGAGCGCGAGAGCCGUGGUGGCACCAGGCAACCCAGACGGAAUCGUGAACUUCGUGGCAUCAGUGUGAAUCACUCGCCAUGGGAGCGUGGGCGGCCUGGGCGGUAUUGCUCAUGCUAGCUGGGCUCGUGGGCGGCCAGGGCAGGGACACACGCCCACUCAUCAGACCUCCUCCGGAGGUCGUGGGGCCAGAAGGCAUGGAGGAGGCCAUCCCGGACGAAGCCUUCUUCGUCGACACCGUCAGGAGAAACGAGCUGAGUGAAAGCGAGACUCCCGCCGUAGACGAGAGAAGAGGAGGAGGCGGAGGCGGAGGAGGAGGAGGAGGAGGAGGAGGCGGAGGACGAGGAGGUGGAAGAGGCGGAGGGAGAGGUGGUGGCAGAGGCGACAGAGACAGAGGAGGGGUAGAGAGGAGGCGACGAGGAGGGGGUGACUGGGCAGGAGGCGACCGAGGAGGGGUAACUGGGGAGGACCGGCCGACCGAGGAGGGGUAA